AUGUCUGAAAUGACGGAGGAAGAGAACUCCGGAUCACGUGCAAUCAAACGUCAACAUUUGGAUUCCACUGACACUUCAUUAUCAAACUCUUCAUCUGAUUAUUCUUGUCCUGUAUGCUAUGAUAUUAUCCAUGAAGCACAUAUCACCAAGUGUGGACAUUCAUUUUGCUAUAGUUGUGUUUCUAGAAGUCUAGAAACAAAUUCUUCUUGCCCAAAAUGUGGUAACAUGUUAUCAGGAGGCAUCUGUGAUAUAUUUCCAAAUCUAGCACUUGAUAAAUUGGUAACCAAGUAUAAACUUGUAAAUCCUGGACGUAAAUUAGAAAACUCUAGUAAACUAGGUUUAAUUGCUGGACUACGAGGAUUUGUCAAUGCUGAAUCUAAGAAAUUAACAUUAUCUGAUGUUGAUGCAAUGUUGGAACUUUUAACUCGACGUAAGCGUAAACUUGAAGCUGAGUCAGCUUUGGCUCAAAAUCGGUUACUCUAUGAAUUCCUUGAAAGGUUAUUAUGUGAUAAAGAAUCACAAAUGCGUAGGAUUGGAAGACAAGUGGAGUUGGUAAAAAAAGAUGUAGCUUUUGUAAAAAAAAUUUUAAAAGAUUGGGAAGCUAAGAAACCUGUAGUUACAGAUAUAGAACACAAUAAUAUCAAUGAAAAAUUUGAUAAUACUCCUCCAAUAAGUAGUGUCAAUAAUUGUAUCCCAGGUAAUAUUCAACGUAGGCGUAUGUGUUCACAUUUUGAUGAUUUUGUUGAUUGUUAUUUUUCAUUGAGAGCAAAAGAAUUAGUAUUUGGUAAUAGACACUCAACAGAAGAAGAUGGAAAUGUUAAAGAAAAAGAUCAUGAAAAAGGAUUGGAUGAGUUUCGAGAAAAUCUAGUGAAAUUUUCUAAGUUUAAUGCCCUUAGACCCAUAGCUACACUGAAUUAUGGCACUGAUAUAUUCAAUAACUCAACUAUAGUAUCAAGUAUUGAAUUUGAUAAAGAUGAUGAAUAUUUCGCUAUAGCUGGUGUAACAAAACGCAUUAAAGUAUUUGAAUAUGAUUGUGUAUUGCGCGACAGUGUUGACAUUCAUUACCCUUGUGUAGAAAUGAUAUCUGCUUCAAAGAUAUCUUGUGUUAGUUGGAACUCUUAUAGAAAAAAUACUGUUGCUAGUAGUGAUUAUGAAGGGGCUGUAUGUGUGUGGGACGCAGGUACAGGUCAACGUACAAGGAUAUUUCGUGAACAUGAAAAACGAUGUUGGAGUGUUGAUUUCAACAAGGCUGAUGCUGGCCUAAUGGCUUCUGGAUCAGAUGAUGCACGUGUUAAACUUUGGACACUUAAUCAAGAACGGUCUGUUGCAUGUCUUGAAGCAAAAGCCAAUGUAUGUUGUGUUAAGUUCAAUCCGGUUGGUGCUUCUUACCUGGCAUUUGGCUCUGCUGAUCAUUGUGUUCAUUAUUAUGAUUUACGACAUGCCAAACGUGCUUUAGCUAUAUUUAAAGGUCACAAAAAAGCAGUGUCAUAUGUUAAAUUCUUAAACGGAAAGGAAAUGGUGUCUGCGUCAACCGAUAGUCAGUUAAAACUAUGGAAUGUCAAUGAAGCCCACGAAGGAUGUGUUCGUUCUUUUGUUGGUCAUGUUAACGAAAAAAACUUUGUUGGCUUGGCCACGGACGGUGAUUACAUAGCUUGUGGAUCUGAAAAUAAUUCUCUUUAUAUCUACUACAAGGGAUUACAAAGAAAAUUAUUCACGUUUAAAUUUGAAGCAAAUAACGCAAUUUUGAGUGCAUCUGAAGAAGAAAAAGAUAGACGAAGGGACGAUGACGUUAAUGAAUUUGUUUCCGCUGUUUGCUGGCGUCAAACAUCCAAUAUACUCAUGGCCGCUAAUAGUCAAGGGAUUAUUAAAGUUCUUGAACUUAAAUAA